CACAGUUUCUCUGCCACUCGCGGCUAAAUUCUAGUGUUGCAUAUCCGGUGGCCCAUCCAAGCAAAGCAUUGACGUCGACGCCGGUCUAGACAUAUAUAAAGCCUAUUUCAUCACCUCUGAUGUCUUCUCGUGCUGCUCAAAUCUUGCAUCACCUCACCUCCCAACCACAAUCACAUCCAGCAAACACCACAACCAUGUCUGUUGAAAACGUGACCCUGGCCUCUGGCCACAAGAUGCCAUUGGUCGGAUUUGGAUUGUGGAAAGUCCCCGCCGACAAGGCUGCCGAUAUUGUCUACAAUGCCAUCAAGCAAGGCUACCGACUCUUUGACGGUGCUUAUGACUACCAGAACGAGAAAGAGGCCGGCCAAGGAAUCAAGCGAGCCAUCGAUGAAGGCCUCGUCAAGCGUGAAGAUAUUUUCGUCACCACCAAACUGUGGAACAACUACCACAAGCGCGAGCACGCCUUGCAAAUGGCGAAGGCCCAAAACGAGGCCUGGGGAUUGGGUUACAUCGACUUGUACCUGAUUCACUUCCCCAUCGCGCUUCCUUACAUCGAGCCGGAAAAACUUCGGUAUCCCGGAUGGUGGAUGGACGCCGAGCAAAAGACCAUCGAGACCGCCAAGGUGCCCAUUCACGAGACAUGGCAAGCUCUCGAGGAGGUUGUUGACAGCGGUAUCGCCAAGUCAAUCGGCAUUUCCAACGCCCAAGCCCAAACAAUCUACGACAUUAUGACAUACGCCCGCCACCCCAUCUCCGCGCUUCAGAUCGAGCACCACCCAUACCUCGUCCAGCCAAGCUUGAUCGACCUCGCACAGGAGAAUAAGAUCGUCGUCACGGCGUACUCGUCCUUCGGCCCCCAGAGCUUCCUGGAACUCCCGCCCGCCUUCCGAGCACGCCCACAGCAAGUGCCACUCCUGUUCGAGGUCGAGCCCGUCAAGAAGGCCGCACAACGCACCGGCAAGACCCCAGCCCAAGUCCUGCUCCGGUGGUCCACGCAGCGACACAUCGCCGUCAUCCCCAAGUCAAACAACGUCGACCGCCUGCAGCAGAACCUCGAAGUCACGAACUUCGACCUGACAGACGAGGAGAUCAAGGCCAUCAGCGCGCUUGACAAGGGUCUGCGCUUCAACGACCCCGGCUUCUAUCUGCAUAAGCCGCUUCGCAUUUUCGCAUAAAGCUUUUGCCAUGUGGUAGCACAACGUGCGUGGAAGUUUUGUCCGACCGAACAUUAUGAACGCGGAUAUGCAGAAAAGCUACGUAGUACAAAAAUGUGAAUGAUUUACAGAAGCAUGAAGUCUUGCCAAACGUGAUGCCUAUGCAGAAUUGUUCCGAAGAUGGCGGUGGUGCCCAAUAGGGUGGUGCCGAAUAAGCGAAGGAGCAAGGCUGUUUUGCUGCGAGGCUGUACCCCUUUUGUCUCUCUCGUUCUCCUAGAAGACAGCCGAGUACUAGUAUACUGUAUCCCGUGGGCAAACAAUGGAAUGGUUUAGUGCCAGAGCAC